GACUUAACUCUUAGCAAUCUUAACUAUGCUUGCAAUAUUAUACUUCACUGGCAAUCAAUUUAACUUACUGGCUUCACGCAUACAGCACGACGUAUCAGAUGUUAUCUUGGAUUUUCUGAAAAUCGCGUAUUUUCUGUUUGCGAACCGGGACAAAAACACGUACGCUUCUGUUAGAGCUGUCUUAAGUUUAUACAUUCAGGCCUGCAGAAGUUUAAACACAUCUACACAGUGAAUUCAAAAUGAAAUACUUCAUGCAGUUAUGGUUCAUAUGGAUAUUCAACAUUUACCAUCAGGCAGUAUUUGGUGCGGAUCUUGGAUACGUCCGGUCAACUCUGACUCAGCAUUUUUCCGAUACACGGCACCAUGUUACUAAUCCGGCUUACAAAAGUCGAGCUCGCCAAUUCAUCUACGAUGAAUUCCAGAAACAUGGACUGGAUACAAAUAACCACAAUUUCACCUUUCUUGGGGUUUCCUAUACGAAUGUCAUAGGGGUGCUUAAAGGCGAAAAGUUUGGAAAGUAUGAGGAUAAAAUUGUCGGUGUUGGAGCGCACUAUGAUACCGUAAAAAUAACAAAAGGGGUUGACGAUAAUGGGUCCGGUGUAACGGCAAUGUUAGAGUCUCUCAGACAAAUCGCUGUGGGCAACCAAGGUGGCAAACGCCGCAAUAACACCAUCAUCUACAUGGCAUUCGACCACGAGGAAUAUGACAGUCUGGAUAAUGGACUCAUCGGCAGCAAGUUUGCAAUUGAGCAAUGGUUAAUGCCUUGGCUAACGAAGAACUAUGGGCAACAUUGGGAGACACUAAAGCCACACGGAAUUAUCGUUCUUGAUACAGUCAUGAACUACAACUCUUCCGCACAAUCACAGAUCAUCCCCCCAGAGUCUGAGCCUCUCUUUCAGGCGUAUUUUCCUAAAACAGUGUCGAGUUUAAAGUCAGACCAGUUCCAGGGAGAUUUUCUAGCAGCUAUCUUCAGGCAGAAUUUGGAUGGAAAUCUUGCAUCUACCUUUAACAGCGAGUGGCUUGGUGAACCCCAACCUGAAUUCGAAAUAGAGAAGUUUGGGAUUGAUUACCAGAAUGUGAGUGACGACACCUGGAACUUGUUUAACGACUUCUUCCGCAGUGACCACGUCAACUUCUGGAAAACAAACAUACCAGCUAUCUUCAUCACGGACUCUGCUAAUUUUCGCGGUCAGAUGCAGCAGUGCUACCACAAUGCCUGUGACAACUUGACCAACAUACUCACCGAUAACAAUGUCCGAUUCCUCGGCAAAACUGCGGAUACCAUUGCCGCGACCUUGGACAAACUGUCCGAGGCGUACAACACAAACCCGAGUUCGGCAUCAUGUAAUGGUGACUUCAUUUCCAUUUUGAGGAUUUCGAUUGGACUUAUGCUGGUGAUGAUUUAAAUGAAUAGAUAUACGUAUGAGUGUGUUUCUUUUGCUUGGGCCACAUGCAUCGAGUAUACGGACGGUUGGACCAUCUGAACUUGGGUUUUAAUGGAUUAGGAUUACUUCUGUGUUGCUGCAGUUUGAUUAUUUUGCCAGGUUCACGUAUUCACAAAAAAGGAGUGGAUUAAUUUUCAUUGCAAAUUUGUAUAUAUCUGCUGUUUGCCUUUAUUAAACUCAUAUAUAUAAACAAUAA